AACACGCACAAAUCUCCCCUAUAGGAUCAAAAUCUCGUGUGAGAUCGAAAGCACCAACAGAAAUUUUUUAUUUUUUUUAUAAUCUCUCACACACUCACACAUUCAAAUAAUAAUAAUAAUAAAAAAGAAAAACAAAAUUUGUGAAAAACAUAGAAGAAAUUUAAAAAGCUAGGAGCCAAGCCAAGCCGAGCCGAGCUGAGAGAAGAGAAAACGAAGCGAAUCCGACAAUGGCGGAGUGACUGUCAAAAUUUGAUUGCUUUUUUGGGGGAUGGGGGGGGUGGUGAUCUCUUUAGGGUUCGCGGGAUCACGAUUUCGUGCCAUUGGAUUUUUUUGGCAUUUUGGGGACAAAUGAAUUGGUGGGUUUUUGGUGGUGAUUGGAUUUGGACUUAGUAUAUAGAGGCAUGGAAUUUAUGUAGUAUUUGAGUUAGCCAUUGGGCUAGAAGAGAAGCGAAUGGAUUCAGCAAGGAGUUGGUUUCAGAAAUUUCAACCACGGGACAAGUUGAGGGGUUCAACGAGGAAAAAAGAGUCUGGUGAAGAAGGGAUUGGGAUUUCAAAUGUGCAUGAUGCAGAAGCACUUUCCAAUGUCACAAAGCAGAAGGUUGCGGCUGCAAAGCAAUAUAUUGAGAACCAUUACAAGGAGCAAAUGAAGAACCUGCAGGAGAGGAAGGAGCGACGAAAUAUACUGGAAAAGAAGUUGGCUGAUGCAGAUGUCUCUGAGGAAGAUCAAACUAACCUACUUAAAUUCUUGGAGAAAAAGGAAACUGAGUACAUGCGCCUUCAGAGGCAUAAAAUGGGUGCUGAUGAUUUUGAGUUAUUGACAAUGAUUGGAAAGGGUGCAUUUGGAGAGGUUAGAAUUUGUCGGGAAAGGAAUUCAGGUCAGGUAUAUGCUAUGAAAAAACUUAAGAAGUCAGAGAUGCUUCGAAGAGGCCAGGUCGAGCAUGUGAGGGCUGAAAGGAAUCUGCUUGCAGAGGUUGACAGCAAUUGCAUUGUCAAACUCUACUGUUCUUUUCAAGAUGAUGAGUUUCUUUAUCUUAUUAUGGAGUAUCUACCUGGUGGAGAUAUGAUGACUUUACUUAUGAGAAAGGAUACCUUGACUGAAAAUGAAGCCAGGUUUUAUGUUGCAGAAACGGUUCUGGCUAUUGAAUCUAUUCAUAAACACAAUUACAUUCAUAGGGACAUCAAGCCCGACAACUUAUUACUUGAUAAACAUGGACACUUGAAACUGUCAGAUUUUGGACUAUGCAAACCAUUAGACUAUAGUACAUUGAAAGAGCAGGAUUUUUCAGUGGGGAACAGCCCUAAUGGGACUGCACAGAAUGAUGGGCGCCCAAAGCGCACACAACAAGAGCAACUACAGCAUUGGCAAAAGAAUAGAAGAACACUCGCUUAUUCUACUGUUGGUACACCCGACUAUAUUGCUCCAGAAGUUCUGUUGAAGAAAGGAUAUGCAAUGGAAUGUGAUUGGUGGUCACUUGGGGCUAUAAUGUAUGAAAUGCUCGUGGGUUACCCGCCUUUUUAUUCUGAUGAUCCCAUGACAACGUGUAGGAAGAUAGUAAACUGGAGAACUCAUUUAAAGUUUCCUGAGGAAGCAAAGCUAUCUCCAGAGGCAAAAGAUCUUAUUAGUAAACUAUUGUGUAAUGUAAACCAGAGGUUAGGAUCAAAAGGCGCAGAUGAAAUAAAGGCUCAUCCAUGGUUUAAAGGUAUUGAUUGGGAAAAGAUAUAUCACAUGGAAGCUGCAUUUAUUCCUGAGGUCAAUGAUGAGUUGGAUACUCAAAAUUUUGAAAAGUUUGAAGAGUCUGAUAAUCAGUGUCAGAGUCAACCAAAAACUGGUCCAUGGAGAAAGAUGCUCUCAUCUAAGGACAUCAAUUUUGUGGGUUACACGUAUAAGAACUUUGAAAUUGUCAAUGAUUAUCAAGUGCCUGGGAUGGCUGAGUUGAAGAAGAAAACCACCAAACCAAAGAGGCCAACUAUCAAGUCACUUUUUGAAGGUGAAUCUUUGUCAGAUAUAUCUGAGGUAUCUGAAACGUCUUCAAAUCAUCAAUCUGUACAUGGAAGUUUCUUGAACCUCUUGCCUCCCCAACUAGAAAUAUCUAAAAAACGGAAUGAAUCCCACUAACCCAGACAAGUUUCAUCUGAUGAAGAGCUCCAGUCCUUUAGUCAACUCAUUUUGACUUUUAAGUAAUGAGGUGUAAUUUUUGGGUUCUGCAUUUGGAGUCAAGUGUGGAUAUAUCGGCUUGGAAUUUGAGGUUUGUUUGAAAACUCAAGCUUUAGAGUGUGAAGAAAGGCUGCUGGUUUUGAAGCAACUAAUCAGAUUUGAGCCUGCUUGGAUAAGAAUCCCAUUAAUGAUAUAAAAAGGUUAAAGAAAAAAUGAAAAGUAAAUACUAAUUCGUUACUAUUGACAUGUAUUUGGCUGUUUUUUUUUUGUCAAUGUGUUAAAUGCUGUACAAAUACACUCCAUCAACUCAUUUCCAUGUAAACGUUGUGUAUUUUUAUCGGAUCUAAUGAUAACAAAGUAUAUUUUUUCCU